UCUACUCGGAUGAUAUUAGUGCACGCACCAGGAACCGGAAGCCCCGCUGAGCUCGUGAACGGUGCUCCCUGAACGAGUCCCUCCAUCUCAGAGUCGCACUGCGCGUGUCGUUUGAGGAGAAACGCGUUUCCGGUCCGAGCAGCAUGUCCAAAGCGGAAGUCCUGAGGGGGUUCGUCACGCGCAGGCUCGCCUCGGCCGCGCGCGAGAUCCUCGCGGUGGUCGAGAGAACCGUGACCGGCUACGAGCACGAGGCGGCGGGCCUCAGGCGCGAGCUCCACCGGCUGCAGCCGGCGGCUCGCGACGCUGCAGGUGUGAUUGACAGCUGGAGCCUCGGUGGCGUUGAGGAAGAGCAGGGCGAUGAAGAGGAGGAGCCAGAGAACCAGGAGGACUCGACAGAUGAAACUCCAUCCAGAUGUCAGCAUAAGAAGAGGAAGCCCGGCAGACCUCAGACCCACGUGGACUUCAGGAUCCGGAUCCUGGAGGACUCUCGGACCGCCGUGCUCUCCAACAACGUUCUGAAGAGGAGCCCGAUGCUGGAGCUCCGGUGUCCCCGGGGCCUGCGGGCGCCGGACUUCCUGGAGCUGCUCCGGUCCACCUUCCCUCAGCUGGCCGGAGACGGCGGACGCUUCGACCUCUUGGCGUCGGACGAGAGGCGGAGACUCAAACCUCUGAGGCUGAAGUCGCUGACGGCGGAGGAGAUCCAGAGGAGCGCCGGCGGCUCGGGGGCGAAGGCGACGCUCUACAUCCGACUCAAGCAGAAAAAGAAGGAACGUCCGACCGGAGGAGAGGAGAUGAACCCCCGACAGGCGAGUGAUGGAGCCGGACUUCACAGCAGCUCCGUUCAGGAGGUGGAAGGAGGAGACGGGUCCAUCGGCUCAGCGUCACAACAUCAACACAUGGAAACGGAGGAAGCUGAUGAUGAGGAACGGACGCCAGAGCCGGCCGAGAGUAACGAUGAUGGCGUUGAAAAGGAGGAAGAAGAGGCGAAUCACGGCGGCGGCGAUUGGAAACCGGAAAAGAGCGAAGCAGAGCCUAAAGGAAACGACGCAGAACCCAAAGGAAACAACGCAGAACCCAAAGGAAGCGACGCAGAGCUCAAAGGAAACGACGCAGAGCUCAAAGGAAACGACGCAGAGCCUAAAGGAAACGACGCAGAACCCAAAGGAAGCGACGCAGAGCUCAAAGGAAACGACGCAGAGCUCAAAGGAAGCGACGCAGAGCUCAAAGGAAACGACGCAGAACCCAAAGGAAGCGACGCAGAGCUCAAAGGAAACAACGCAGAGCUCAAAGGAAACGACGCAGAACCCAAAGGAAGCGACGCAGAGCCUAAAGGAAACGACGCAGAACCCAAAGGAAGUGACGCAGAAUCCAAAGGAAGCGACGCAGAGCUCAAAGGAAACGACGCAGAGCCCAAAGGAAACGACGCAGAACCCAAAGGAAGCGACGCAGAGCUCAAAGGAAACGACGCAGAGCUCAAAGGAAGCGACGCAGAGCUCAAAGGAAGCGAUGCAGAGCUCAAAGGAAGCGAUGCAGAGCUCAAAGGAAACGACGCAGAGCUCAAAGGAAGCGAUGCAGAGCUCAAAGGAAACGACGCAGAGCUCAAAGGAAGCGAUGCAGAGCUCAAAGGAAACGACACAGAGCCUAAAAGAAACGACGCAGAGCCCAAAGGAAACGACGCAGAGCUCAAAGGAAGCGACGCAGAACCCAAAGGAAACGACGCAGAGCCCAAAGGAAACGACGCAGAGCUCAAAGGAAGCGACGCAGAGCUCAAAGGAAACGACGCAGAGCUCAAAGGAAACGACGCAGAGCUCAAAGGAAGCGACGCAGAGCUCAAAGGAAGCGACGCAGAGCUCAAAGGAAACGACGCAGAGCUCAAAGGAAACGACGCAGAGCUCAAAGGAAGCGACUCCAAACUGCAGCCGGUGACGACGAGGGAAGAACAAGCCGGAGGUUCUGGCGCCAAGAGGACCAAGAAGAGCGGAGACGUUCGGUCCUGCAAAGUCUGCGGCGCGCUGCUCAAGUCCGAGGUGGCGUUGGUCAAACAUGGCGACAGUCAUGGAGGCGUCUGCGCGGCGUGCGCCGCCUCUUCUUCUGGCGCCGCGCUGAGGGCCGAGUCUUUCCUCUGCGCGCACGCAGCCGUUCGCACGGGGGAGAAACCGCACGAGUGCGAUGUUUGCCGCGACGCAUUUGCGUCGAAGGCGUCGUUGGAGGUUCACCAGAAGCUCCACAAGGAGGAGAAGCUGCCGUGUCCCACUUCCCUCAAAGUGUUGGUGCGGCGGGACCAGUCAACCGCUCACCGCGGGACGCACGCCGGCAAGAAGACGCACCUCUGCGGCGUGUGCGGCAAAUCCCUGAGCGACGACAGGUCCCUGACCCGCCACAAGAUGACCCACUCCGGGGAGAGACCCCACGGCUGUCAGGUGUGCGGGCGGCGCUUCAAACUCCCCGGGACGCUGAGGCAGCACGAGAAGAUCCACGUGGACCGAGAGCGCUCGUACCUCUGCGACGUCUGCUGCAAGAUGUUCCUGACCAGCAAGCAGCUGCAGAUCCACCUGCGGACGCACAGCGACGAGAAGCCGUACCACUGCGGCGAGUGCGGCAGGGGCUUCUCCACCAAAGGGCCCCUGACGAUUCACAUGCGGGUCCACACGGGGGAGACACCGUACCGCUGCCCCGAAUGCGGCUGGUCCUUCAAACGCAAGAUCAACCUGGACAACCACGUGACGAUCCACUCGGGCCUCAAGCCGUUCGUCUGUGGGAUCUGUGGCAAAGCGUGCGCCCGGAAAUCAUACCUGACGGUGCACAUGAGGACCCACAACGGGGAGAGGCCGUACAAGUGCUCGCUCUGCGACAAGGCCUUCACUCAGAGCCACUGCCUGAAAACACACAUGAAGAGCCACCCGGUGGCCGAAGGAGCCACGUGACCCAAGUGAAUUCUUUGUGUUUGUCUCUCAUUCUCUGGACACUGUGUGUUGCAUGUAACUACAAUAAAGAUCUGUACCAGUGUACAGAGUUUGGCAGAUGGUGAAAUAA